AUGGACGUCCUCAGAGAUUCGGUCGAGUCCAUUCUCCUCAACCCCGAUUUCGCCCCUCUCCUUGCCAUCGUCAAAGCCGCCCGCAAUGGCGCCGUCUAUGGAGCUAAAGUUCGCUUUCCUCAUGCUCUCGUCAUGGUCUUUUUGUUCCGGUCAGGGUCCAUUCGAGAGAAGGUUCGACUCGUCCUAAAGGCCACGAAACAGCAUGCGCAAAACCUCGCAUCCUUUGCCGUCGUGUACAAAUCAGCAAUGCUAGUAUUACGGCUGCUCAAUCCCAGGCGUCCUGGAAAAGAAGGACCAUACGACACAUUCUUUGCGGGCUUGUUGGGCGGAUAUACUGUCUUUGGUCGAGCAAGUCGGAGCAGCGUAAAUCAACAGAUAGUCAUCUAUGUCUUUGCUCGAGUCAUGCUUGCGUUGGCCAAGCUGAGCAUCGAACCCCCGAGUAUGACGAGCAGGACGCCCACCCCGACAUUGUGGACGCAACGACUUUCCCCGGCGACUAGAGAAAAGAUCCAGCAGAAUGCGUGGCCUGUUUUUGCGAGUCUGACCUGGGCUUUUGUCAUGUAUAUUUUCAGAUGGCAACCGGAGAGCAUCCAACCAAGUCUGAGGAGCAGCAUGAAAUAUAUAUAUGUGAAUUCGGAUUACUGGGAUUCCUUCAGGAAUUUCCUCAUUCACAAUACUUGA